AGAGAUUCGAACAUGUAACCUGUCAUUUUAGUUUGUACCAAACAAGGUGUAAGUUACGCGAAAGUCAUCCAUGGUCGAGAAUUGAGAUUACGACGAGGAGAAUGUGUAAAUUGUUCCUAGAGUUUGUGUACUUGCCUACUUGGAUGUUCCUUCAGAGUUGAGUAUGAGUUGAUAAGGCAUCAACAGUUGGGCGAAGAACAGAAGAAAUGGCAUCAUCAUCAUUAUCAUCAUCAUUUCUCUGUUAUUAUCAAAUCCUUCCCUCCAAAUUUCUGCACCCAUUUUCUACCUCACCUUCUCCCUCAUUUCGUCUCUCUCUCCUUUUCAAACCCAAUUCUUUCUCCUCAAAUUCCAAGCUCCUUAUCAAAUCCUCUCUUCAAAUCCAAAAUGGACCCUCCAAUUCUCCUCCCAAAAGCUACAUAUGGGUCAACCCGAAUAGUCCCAGAGCUUCGGAGCUCCGAAAACAAUCUUACGAUUCCAGGUAUACUUCUCUUGUGGAUAUCUCACAUUCUUUAGAUUCAUGUAAUGCUACAAAUGAAGAUGUUUCUAGGGUUUUGUUUGGUUUUGGAGAUAAUUUAAUAGAACAAGAUGCUGUUGUUAUUCUCAAUAAUAUGAAGAAUCCAAACACCGCUUUAUUGGCGCUUAAUUGGUUUCAGAAUGAGAUUAAUUUGAGCAGAGAAGUUGUGUUGUAUAAUGUCACUUUGAAGGUUUUGAGGAAAGUUAGGGAUUUAGAGAGAGCAGAGAAGCUGUUUGAUGAAAUGCAACAGAGAGGUGUUAAGCCUGAUAAUGUUACUUUUUCUACUAUUAUAAGUUGUUGUAGGGUUUGUUAUUUACCCCAUAAAGCUGUGGAAUGGUUUGAGAAGAUGCCCGUUUUCGGGUGUAAUCCUGAUGAUGUUACUUAUUCUGCUAUGAUUGAUGCCUAUGGAAGGGCAGGGAAUGUGGAUAGAGCCUUGGCUUUGUAUGACCGUGCGCGGACUGAGAGGUGGUGGAUUGAUGCUGUUACCUUUUCUACUUUGAUUAAGAUAUAUGGAAAGUCGGGGAAUUUCGAUGGGUGUUUGAAUGUUUAUGAAGAGAUGAAGGUUCUUGGUGUUAAGCCUAAUUUAGUUAUAUAUAAUACAUUGCUUGAUGCUAUGGGGCGCGCUAAAAGGCCCUGGCAAGCCAAGAAUAUUUACAAGGACAUGAGCAGCAAUGAGAUUUCUCCGAGUUGGGGAACUUAUGCUGCUCUUUUGCGGGCCUUUUGUCGGGCUCGUUAUGGUGAUGAUGCUCUUAAGGUCUAUAGAGAAAUGAAAGAGAAGGGACUGGAGUUCAAUGUUAUUCUUUAUAACUCGCUUUUAGCCAUGUGUGCUGAUGUGGCUUAUGUUGAUGAAGCUAUACAAAUCUAUGAAGAGAUGAAGAGUUCAGGAACUUGCAAACCAGAUAGCUGGAGUUUUUCGUCUAUGAUUACCGUAUAUUCGUGCAGUGGGCAAGUUUCGGAGGCAGAGAAUGUGCUAAAUGAGAUGGUUCAGGCUGGUUUUGAGCCUAACAUCUUUGUUCUAACCUCGCUUAUCCAAUGUUAUGGGAAGGCCAACCAAACUGAUGAUGUAGUGAGGACUUUCAAUCGGUUCAUGGAACUGGGUAUAACUCCUGAUGAUAGGUUUUGUGGUUGCCUUCUAAAUGUCAUGACACAAACACCAAAAGAAGAAUUAUAUAAGCUGCUUGAGUGCAUUGAAAAGUCCAAUCAGAAACUUGGUACCGUGGUUAAAAUUUUGUUGGAGGGAGAGAGCAAUGAAGGGGAUUUCAAAGGAGCUGCAUCUGAACUCUUUCAUACAAUCAGUACUGACGUUAAGAAGGCUUAUAGUAAUUGCUUGAUUGAUUUGUGUGUUAACCUUAAUCUAUUGGACAGAGCUUGUGAGCUUUUGGAACAGGGACUCUCUUCUCAAGUAUACACAAAUAUACAGUCCAGAACACCCACUCAGUGGUCUUUGCACUUGAAAUCUCUUUCCCUUGGAGCCGCUUUGACUUCCUUGCAUGUUUGGAUGAAUGACUUGACAAAGGCCAUAGAGAGUGGGGAGGAACUUCCUCCAUUGCUUGGUAUUAACACAGGACAUGGAAAGCACAAGUACUCCGAGAAAGGAUUAGCAGGUGUGUUUGAGGCACAUCUCAAGAAACUUGAUGCACCAUUCCAUGAGGCUCCAGAUAAGCUUGGCUGGUUUCUGACAACAAAAGCUGCAGCUCUGUCAUGGUUGGAGUCUAAAAAAUCCCCUGAAGUAGUUUCCGGUUAAGCUCUGCAUCCCAUUUGUAAAAAUUUCGUGGAUGGAUCAAUUGUCUACCUUCUCACACAGUCAUAGCAAUGACAACGAUUCUAAGAUAGGGAUCUCUUUGAGAUGCUUCUAUCUAUGAAGUGAAGGGUCUACAUAUGCGUUGCCCAUUUACAAUGAUAUGUGAAACCCAUCAGUGACAUGCAGUGGCGGAGCCAGCAGGGGGGACAUGGGGACAGAUGUCCCCCCACUUUUAAAAAAUAAUUUCUUUUUUUUUAAAAAAAAAAGAAAAAAAAAAAACACGCCAGCAGCACGCGUGAAGUUUUUGAAAAACAUUCUGAAAAAAACACGCUGAAGAGAGAGACUGAAGAAGAGAGAGACUAAGGAAGAGAGAUUGAGAGAAACCCUAAUCUCAACGACGGAGAGACGGCGACGGAGGGACGACAACGUCGUCCGCACAUUCGCUUUCGUCGGAGCCGACGACGACGAGCGGUGAGGAAGAGGAACGAAGUCACGAAGAGGAAGCGACGCUGCGAGCCUGCGACGGACUCAGGAGAUGAAGAGGAAGCGAUGCUGCGACGCCACGACGGAGUCAAGAGACGAAGCGACACCGCAACCGUCCAUUCUCCGUCGCCGACCUCUCGUGACGCUCACUUCAGUCAGUCAGAUAUUCUCUGUGACUCUCAGUUUCUCGUCUAACCUAUUACAUGUAGUUUUGAGCUGCACGAGUGGGGAAGAAAACAGAAGGAAAUUCACGAUACAUAGACAGGCUUAAGCGAAAAUCAUGGGGUAAGAAAAAAUCUGUAAGUAUAAGUACCUCAUCUAUAGCCUUUUCCUGCAGCGCUUGAGUUACUCGCGAAGCCUUGAUCUCAUUAUGUGCAUCACCUAGCUCAUUAUCUUUCUCUAAAGCCAUGAUUAAAACCCAAAAGAAUUCGUUGGAACUCAGACAUAGCUGACUAAACACAUUGUUUGAUGAAGUAUAAAAUAGUAGCUUCUUAUAUAAUAUGUCAAAAGCUAUAGUUUGUUAAUCAGUGAUUGAAAACUUGAUCUGUUACGUUGUUUUAUUCGCCAUGCAUCUUUAAAAGCGAUUUAUGAGUUACUUAGAUGCCAACAUCUUAACAGAAUUCUUAUACUGCUAUGGUGAUUGGUGCAUCAAAGACCGUUGUAGGGUACGUUCUCAACAUAAUUAACGUGAGUUACAGAUGAUUAAAUUCUUGGAAGAAGUUGGAACUUUGAUUUUCAGGUGUUUAAUCAGAAUCAGUUUGUUAGAGAUCAUGCAUCCUGGUAGUGUUUAAUAUUUGAAAGCAGUGGGGCAAAAAAGAUGCACUCCACCUAAUGUUGAUUAAGGAGACUUCAUUUCAUCUUCAUAGAUCUGCUUAGCAUAGUAGAAGAUAGCUACUUUUUAAAUGAGCAAACCACUUUUCUUUUCUCGUUUUUAUUUUUGUAUGACAUUGCUGCUGUACCCUAUGCUAGUGAGACAAGUGUUGGACAUGGAUAAUUGUCCGACUAACUUAUUUCAUGAAAA